UAAUUUUUCAUUGUUUUGACGUCCGAAACUUUAUUGACAAAAGACAGGCUGACAGCAUGGAAGAGGAGCCGUGUGACGCUGGUGCUGCGCUCGGCUCCCCACGGGUUUGUGCCAGUGCAGCCAUGCAUGAGUCCAGGAAAUGAUGGUCGGCUUUCUGCUAUGUGUGAGCCGGGCACGUCGUCAGGCCGCGGGGCUCUCCGGGGAGUCAGGCAUUGAGUGAGAGCGGAGGCCGAACUUCUUUGGGGCCACAAUGUCGGUGUGUAUGCGGCGGCUGAUCUCCAACACUCGGGGCUUCCUGUGGUCGGACAUGGAGACCCGAGCCCUGCUGGACAUUUGGGGAGAAGCGGACGUGCAGUCGGCCCUGGACGGCAAUUUUCGCAACAGCCAUGUGUACCGGGACGUGGCCGGCCGGCUGAACGAGCUGGGCUUCGAGCGAACCCCCGAGCAAUGCCGCAUCCGCAUCAAGGGCCUCAAGCGCCAGUAUUACCAGGCCCGGGAGGGCUUCAGGAAGAACGGGCACGCUCGCAAAAUCUGCCGCUACUACGAUGAGAUGGACCGUAUACUGAGCACACGGCCGGCACCGGCCAGCAGCGGGAUGGAACAUCCUUGUGGAGCCGUGCUUCUCCACCCCGAGCCCCCCUGUACAGAGGAACUGCCUGGAGACCACCGGGAGGAGGAUGACGAGGAGAUUGAGGACGAGGAUGAGCCAGCUGGGGAGGGGGGACCCGAGUCAUCCCAAGACAACUUCACCGAGGACUCCGGGGAGGGCUCUGAGCACCCCAUAAAAGUGGAGGAUGGAGGCAGCUUCGCCAUCCCACUGCACCCUGGGGAAGGGUAUAAGACUAUUCAUACCAGUACUAAUCCACCUCAGGUACCUCAACUUAAAAAGUCUAAAAAGCAUCACUCAAGCCUGACUUUGGACAAAAUGAUGGAGCGCUUCCUUCAACAGAGCAUGGAUGCUGAAGAUAAGUUCUACAAAUAUGAGGAACAGAGACUGCAAAUUGAGGAGAAAAGAAGAGAAGCUGAGCACAGCCGUGAGAUCCAAAUGUUGCAAAUGUUGGGACAAAUGCUUAAUAGCAUCUCCUCUACCACGUCUCAAACCACUACGUCUGGCCGUGUCAUCAGCCCCCACAGAGGAGAUAUCAGAACGUAUGGGGAUACAAUGCACUUUAAUACUACUACAUCUUAUUCUUCUCCUAUAGUUCUGGAGAGAGCCUUCUCCUUGCGCCCCACACGCCCGUCAAAGGACAUGGACAAUAUCUUCCAGCUGGUGAAGAAUGUCAUCCCUCCACUUACAUCCAAGAAGCACAAGGGCCAGGAUGGGAAAAUUGGCAUUGUUGGAGGCUGUCAAGAAUAUACUGGAGCUCCAUACUUUGCAGCAAUUUCAGCUCUCAAAGUGGGUGCAGACUUGUCACAAGUGUUUUGUACCAAAGAUGCAGCAACUGUCAUUAAGGCAUACAGUCCAGAGCUGAUUGUACAUCCAGUUCUGGAUCACCCAAAUGCUUUACAGGAAUUUGAAAAAUGGCUUCCAAGAUUACAUACGCUUGUAAUAGGACCAGGGCUUGGAAGACAAGACUCCAUCCUGGAAACAGCAAAGGGUAUAAUUGAAAAGGCAAAGUUGAAAGGUAUUCCUCUAGUGAUAGAUGCAGAUGGACUAUGGCUUAUUGCCCAGCAGCCAUCUAUUAUACAAGGUUAUCAGAGAGCUGUGCUCACUCCAAAUUUCAUGGAGUUCACCCGGUUGUAUGAAGCAAUGCUCACUGAACCUGUCGAUGCCAGUGACCAACAUGGAAGUGUACUGAGGCUUAGUCAGGCAAUGGGAAAUAUAACUAUAGUGCAGAAGGGAGAGAGGGAUCUGAUUUCAGAUGGAGAUAAAGUGAUCGUAUGCACUCAUGAAGGAAGUAACCGCCGAUGUGGAGGACAGGGAGAUCUUCUGGCUGGUUCCCUUGGUGUCUUAGUACAUUGGGCAAGCCUUGCUGGACCAGAAAAGAUAAAUGGCUACAAUCCUCUCAUGGUGGCAGCAUUUGGAGCCUGUUCUCUGACAAGACAAUGCAACCACCAAGCGUUCCAGAAAUAUGGGCGUUCCAUGACUACAGGCGACAUGAUCUCAGAAGUUGGAACCGCGUUUAACAAACUUUUUGAGACCUGAUACUACUGAUGCGGUGUAUUUUAAACAAAGACUAUAUUCUUCAAAAGACCUAAAUCAAUUCUCCUUGGGUUGUAGCAGCUUUUGAGAGACGUGAGAAGCAAGUAAUCCCCCUUUCUGGCUUUAGUAAAACAUAGUAAAGGCUAUAUAGGUGUGUUUUAUAAAAGAAAUAAUGGCGGGCCUAAGAAGUGAAUGAUUAUUGCAAACACAAUCACAAUAAACAUAUGACUGGCUAUACUUCCUGCCAUGGGUGAACGGCUUACUAAUUCAGGGAGUUCACCCCAGUGCUUCUCAGAAUAAUGUAGCUGAUUUAUCUAAAGCCAGAUCCAGAGUUGCCCCACAACAACCUAUUCAUUCUAAUUUCAUUUUCCCAUAAAUAGAUAGAUGAAAGCUGAUUG